AUGAAUAUCACACAAACCCCUAAUUUGAAGCCAGAUAGAUCCAAACUCCCUUUUGUUGAGAGAUUUCGACCUAAUGUACUUGAUGGGAUAAUGUCACAUUGUGAAAAUAUCAGAGUUUUAAAAAUUUAUCUAAAUAGACCUGAUAUUCCACACUUACUAUUUUAUGGCCCUCCGGGAACAGGUAAAACAUCGACUAUUGAAGCUUUUGUUAAUGAGCUAUAUGGACACGAUUUGGUCGAAUUUAUGACGAUGAAUAUCAACGCAUCUGAGGAAAGAGGCAUUGAAGUUGUGCGUAACAAAAUUAAAGAUUUUGUGUCAACAGAUCCAAUUAGAUUUGGAAAAAAUGGUUCGCCAAAAUACAAGUUUGUUAUUUUGGAUGAGGCUGAUGCAAUGACUCUUGAUGCACAAUGUAUGUUGAAACAAGUCAUUGAGUAUUAUACAGAUAACGCAAGAUUCUGCCUAAUUUGUAAUUGUGUCAAAAAAAUUGAACCUGCAAUUCAAUCAAGAUGUUCUGUUUUUAAUUUUCCGCCUAUGGAUUAUGACAGCGUUCGUAAAAAAAUUAGAAUGAUUGCUAAAGAGACUAAUUUUACUAUCACUAACGACGGUAUUCAAACUUUAUGGAAAUUAUCAAAAGGCGAUAUGAGAAAAGUUCUUCAUAUGUUACAAGUUAUUGGGAUUAACAACAAAAAAAUCGACUCUGAUAAAAUAACGAAAAUUAAAAACUAUCCAACAAAUAAUGAGAUAGACAACAUUUAUGAAACAUUGUUAAAAGACAAAAAGAUGGAUCCAAUUAAAGGAGCCAAUUUACUUACUGACUUGCGCGACAGUGAAAUGAAUCUUAUUGUAACAUCAGAUACGGACAUCCAAUUAACAAGUAUUGUAUCAAUCUUUACCAAAUAA